AUGCAUUCCCUGGCAGAACGUGGUCUCCAUCGUUCCAGCUUUAAGUCGCUGAAUUUCCCAUUGUUGACAAACACGCAGUGCCAAUCGCCAGGACCAUAUAGAGAUCUUCACCGCAGACAAUCUUAUCAGGGCAACAAACCGUUAACCGAUGGAGGCAGUACCCUGACUCUGCAUGUCUUGGACGGUUUGUCUGACCCGGAUGUCUCCACAAGUCAAGGGAUCGAUGCCUGGCGCAAGGGGCAAAAUUGGGGCCUGCCUACGAUGUGGCCUGAGAGAGGAGAUGACUUGAAGAGGCAGAACAAAAGCAUACACACAACGGUGGAAAUCAAUACCGGGGAUACGGUCUCACCCAUCGGGUAAACUCGUGUGUGUCACGAAAAAGACGUUGCCGCUCACAACAGACACUCCACCACAUGAACGAGUGAAAUUGUCUGAUGACUGGCGCCCGGGAUCAAUUCCAACACUCAGAUUUUGCUCAUCUCGAUUCAAUCCAGUAGUAGCAAAUUCCCGAUGUAGAACAGAUUAAGAAAAUAACCACGGGAGGCGGGAGCGCCAAGCUGACAACAUCGCCGAUUCGCCGGCCCGGAAAAUUCUGCACUCUCGGCCCCAUUCCGUGGAACCAAGUUUUUCUGGCUCUGGUGUGGAUCCGGACCCUGGCCGCAGAGAACUCAGGACCUGUGAUUGCUAGAGACUCGGAUUCUGAUUGAGGCAGCCCACGUUAGACCUUUGACUCUCUGUACAAAGGGUGGAGAUGAGGGGGAAAGAGGAGCCGAU